AUGUUUUACUCAGAAGGUCUACAGGCAGGAAUUGCUCUCGCUGUCAGCGAGGCAAAGGCUGUUGUCUGCUUCGUUCGAGAUGAUGAAGAGACCAGUACUCUCUGGGAGGAUGAAUAUUUCGUGGAUGAUGGACAACUUGCCCAAUCGCUUCAGACGAAAUCUGUCCUGUUGCGGCUCACGAAAGAUAGCAAUGAAGCUGGAUUCCUGACUUCCUUCUGUCCCAUCGUUCGAUUCCCUACAGUGGUGGUGAUUAAAAAUGGCAUGUUGCGGGAAUACAUUGUGCCUGAGAUCUCCAAAGAUGACUUUCGCACUCGGUUGAGAGCUUCUCUCGAGGAGAAUCAACCAGCACAGCUGAGUGCUCCGGCGCCUCCUGUCUCACGUCCUUCUGCCGCACCCUCACCUGAUCCUUCGACCAGCCCUGUAUCCUCAACCGCUGCCACGACUGCAGCAACACCUGCCCCCUCGAUAUUGAAUCAAUCACAACCGAAACCAGUCGAAGAAGAAAAUAUCGGGGACCGCCAACCAGAUCAAACUCCAGGCGCUGCACACAAUGAAGGAUCCUCGAGGGUAGCCAACCCUGCGCCUUCCCGAUCAACACAUAAGCCCCAACAAUCGAAGAGGGGACAACAAAUUAGGAAGCACGACACGAAUAUCCAAGAACAAAAUACCACUAUCAAGGCGAAGCCGGAAAAGAAAACAACAUCACCUUCAAACACUACAAUAAGCACAGGCUCGCCGAAGGAAGCUCCAGCAAUGCGCCAACCAGCUACGUCCACACCUCCCAAACAAUAUCGUCUUCAAGUCCGACUUUUUGACGGAAGCUCGGUUCGUCGCAGUUUUACACCAUCUCAGACUAUUCGUGGGGAUGUUAGGCCAUGGCUAGACAGUCUACUACAAGACGAGAAACGACCAUAUAACCUGAAGCACAUUCUGACCCCGUUGCCCAAUCGAACGCUCACUAUCGCUGAAGAGGAACGUACGCUUGAAGAUCUUGGAUUAGGUUCUACCGCCAACCUUGUGAUGAUUCCGAUCAACUCCUAUACGGAGGCGUAUACAGGGUCAGGUACCAGCCUACCCGUACGUGCUGCAUAUUCCGCUUAUGGCUUGCUUUCCUCUGCCGUGGGUACUGCAACAGGCCUAGUUGGCUCCUUCCUUGGGUAUAACUCCACAACGUCAACCUCUUCCGAGACAACCCCUGAUUCCAGCUCUGCAUCGGAGAGGGGCGCGCGAAGACCGCAGGUGACUGCUUCCAGUGGUCCUAGAAUCCGAACAUUGAGAGACCAGCGCGAAGAACGGGGCGACAGUCAGUUUUAUAACGGGAAUCAGCUGAAUUUCGAACCACGGAGAGAUACAGAUGAACGAUAG